GUCGGGGGAACACGUAUUGCGGAUGCCGCAAUUACAACAAGCCUCCUCCAUGGAUAUCAAAGUUGUGCUGCCGCUUGUCGUUCGCGGACUCACUUGGCGUUGGCUACACUUGGACGAAAAUUGUUGGGGUCAGGAAGAAUAAACAAUUUGAGUAGUAAAUUCGGUUAUGUUGCCAGUGGUGUAGCCAGCCGCACGGAAGUCAUUCUUCGCCAACUCAUCUGGCUCUGUCCAUCCUCUGCUAGUCCUCUCGAGAGUUGGCCCUUUGUUUACGGGUUAUGCUCAGGAAUGGAGCCAAAUUCGUGCGCUGAAGCACUGGCGUGGGCUUCUGGACUUCGAACAACACUGCUCAAUUCGCGAUUUGCAUCGUCAGGUGGCUUAUCCGCCGGUCCGGAUGAUCACUGUUUUGCUAUCAGUCCCUGGUCGUGUAACUUGAUGCAAACGUUGGUUUCCACUUCCAAGACUUGGGCCCGAACAGUGGUGAAUGCAUCCAUCCUCCUCGACCCCCUGAAGAAUUUGUCUGAAGCUCUACUGUCUGUUCCAGGCAUGGAUUCACAAAUGGCCUCUGGAUGGCAGUUGUUCUUAAUGGAGCAUUCCAGCGACUGCAGUGUCUUGUACGUCAGCUUCCCCAAGCAGCUUGGGAGGAGUACUCGUGUGAGUCGAGCGGAUGAUACAAGAAAAUCGCCAAACAAA